GGUCCACUGCAAAGCAACUCAGGUCACAGCCUGGAUCAGUAGUCCUGGGGAUUCAGAGCCUCCUCCAAGCACAACGAUGAGGUCCAAGGACAUCUUCUUCCUUCUUCCAGCAUUCGUUGCCCUCUGGGCUGAGCUGCCGAUGGUGUCUGCAGACCUUGGUAUCUGCAUCAUCCCUCCUGACGGAGGACCCUGCUUUGUCCUCGAAGAGCGCUGGUACUACAACUAUGACAAGAAGGAAUGCCUGCCCUUCAACUGGGGGGGAUGCCAAGGGAAUGAGAACAACUUUGAGAGUCGGAGAUUAUGCGAAGCUGCCUGCAGCCAAUACGGGUGCAUGGCUGAGCACCUAGCAGGGGUGAUCUUUGGGCUUGGUGCAGCCAAAGACGUGGACCUCAGGGGCAGAGGCAGGCGCCUGUCUGUGGGGAAGGAGUGCCACAGCUCAGGGGCCACCACUGAGAAGGCCCUCUCUCCUGGGGCCACCACCCUCAGCCUCUGA